UGAUCUGAGACGGAUGAAUCGGACUCCGAGCCUGAAUCUGAUUCCGAGUCGCUCUCUUCGUCACUGGAAUCACUAGAAGAGGGCGCUUCGAAGGACGAGAUUGACGAAGACACGUCGGAAUCAGAGACAGCGUCCGAGUCGAUGGAGCUCUCGUCGUCUGAGCCCGCGAAGUUGAGCAAAUUGCCGUGCCACGUCAGGUCUUCAGAGCGGAAUGUAACCCGCUCGAUAGGGUUACGAUUCUCGAAGGAGAUUGGCUGCACAGUUGCCAUUACUGGAAGAUGGCUACACUUUGUAGAUGCAGGACGAUGACUAAAUGCCGAGGUGCUAGGCGAUCAUGGAGCGCUACAGCCGCGUAUUGUGCAUAUGAGAAGCCAUAAAUAGUCGACGUAGUGACUAUAAUUCCCAGGAAACUGCGUUAUGAAAGGGUACACAAAGUGUACUCCUAUCGUAACCUACGUGACCGCGAAACGACACGAAUAUUGCGCACUUCUAAAGUAAAUGAUCGUACCCACCCGCUUUGGACUCAAGUAUGCGCCGAUCCCGACGCUAGCGCUCGAGUAUGAAGACGAUCUGAAGGGUGUUGUGGAUGCUACUGGCGAGAGCUCCACGUCUUUGUAUGUGUAUCGAGAUGGCAAUGGUGCAUCCCCUCCUACCAGGAAGUUGCACGUGGUAGAGCUCCCGAUGCUUACACGAACAUCAGAAACGGAGCAGAUCACUCGCCAAUUACAGCAAGACAACGGUCGAUUCUUGGCUCCAGGCGUCGUAAAUGAGACGCAAUUGAAGCGGCUACUGGAUCGAUUGGUACAGAAUCUACCAGAAACACCACAAAUGGAUGCAAACGAGAAUGAACAGAGACAACCAUCGUUGACAACAACUCGUGAGGCUGAAAAUGCAAUGGAAGACGGUGAUAGUGGGCUAGAAGAGAGUAUGAUGGAAGAAUCCGUUAUAGAAGAAUCGGUGGCUGAAGCUUCACAGUCGAAUGAACACCAAACGUUGCCACCUAGAGGUGAAGCUCAAAGCGACAAGGAAGGCGGAGAUGAGAAUGAAGCUGAGACGACUGUAGGUGCUACGGCAAACGGAGAGCAUCAAGAUGAACAUGAGGACUCACAUGGAAAUGAAAGUGAUCAUGAAAGGCCUGCAAUUGCAACUGAAAAGGAGAGUGAGGAUGAAGCUAAAGAGGAUGCGAAGAAGACAAAAGCUUUGCGAAGCGAGUCCGAUGUGAGCGAGGAGGAAGUUGAAUCUGAAGAACUCGAGUACUUUUCAGAAGAUGGAAGCGACGAAGACUCAUUUUAAUAUUAAACUAUGACGCUUCUCGUUGUAAUUGCUCGAAAAGAGACUUAAUUUGUCGUAAGUUCUCUUUCUUCGAUUGCCGCUCGCGAUCAAUCUGCGCCAACAGAAUUCUCAUAUCUCGAUCAUUUUGCGCUGUCUUCCUACGCUCCUGAUCCAACGCAACUCGCAGCUUUGCAUUAUGAGCCGCUACGUUCUCCAUUUCAGCUGCCAGAGUCUCAUACUUACGCAUCAUCUCGCCUCGCUCAGCCUCCCACCCAUGAAGCUGAUGUUCUCGUUCCUCUUCUGCACUUGCUCGAACACGCUCCACUACUUCACGCUGUUGUUCAAUAUGUUUCUGCAUUCGCUUUUGGAAAAGUUUGUCCUGAUCUUCAAGAACAGUUCGCAUGCGUU